CUUUUGCCCAAUUCCUUUUGAACAGCUCAGAAACCGCCAUUAUUUUCAAAUCCACAGAACCCCAGAAGCUCAAAAUCAUGGCCGUCGCCGUCGCUGAUCUGAUCUUCUUAAUCAUCUUAACGACCAUACCAUUUUCGAUUUCGCAGCCAACUGAGAAAGCUCCGCCUCCCGCCGCCGAUUCUUGCAAUGGCAUCUUCUUGUCCUACAGUUUCAACCAAGGAGCCAAGCUUCCCCCAAAUCUCACUGUUCUGGCACGGCAGCCGUACCGAUUCGAGUCCACUCUCUCGAUUCUCAACAACGGUCUUCAGGAGCUCAAGUCUUGGAAGGUUUAUGUAGGGUUUCAACACGAUGAGUUCUUGGUUUCGGCCUCCGGCGCCGUCCUCGCCGAUGGUAAUUCUAUCCCUGGUAACGUUGGUAAUGGGACCGUCUUUGCUGGUUUUCCGAUGAGCAACUUGAAGACGGCCAUUGAAACUGCUGGGGAUUUCACUCAGAUGCAGGUCCAAGUCAAGUUACUUGGGACCCAAUUUGGGGUUGCCCCUCCCAAUAAUCCGAUGCCUUCCAACAUAUCUCUUGCCAAUGAUGGAUAUCUCUGCACUAAGCCAAUUCUACAAGGAAAGAGUGAAAUGCACGUCUGUUGCUCACCCGAUCCACGCGUUAAAACAAACAUCACAACCAGUGAAGAGUUCUUAGCUCCUCAAAAUGGCGAUCUAACGAUCAUGUAUGAUGUGACAAGAACAUAUGAUUCAAGUUACUGGGCACAAGUCACAAUUUCUAACCACAAUCCUCUUGGUCGUCUUGAUUAUUGGAAAUUGAGCUGGGAUUGGAUGAGGGAUGAGUUUAUCUAUUCAAUGAAAGGUGCUUACCCUUCUGUUGUUGAUUCUACUGAAUGCAUUUUUGGUAGACAAGGCACUUAUUAUAAGGAUUUAGACUUUUUCAAUGUAUUAAGUUGUAAAAGAAGGCCUACCAUUGUUGAUUUACCUCCAACUAAGGCUAACGACACCACUCUCGGGUUGAUCCCGUUCUGUUGUCGAAACGGGACGAUCUUGCCAUUGCAUAUGGACCCGAGCAAGUCGAUUUCUGCAUUUCAGAUGCAAGUGUUCAAAAUGCCACCAGAUCUUAAUAGAUCUCAGAUUAUACCACCUCAAAAUUGGCAGAUUAGUGGCGUUCUUAACCCAACAUAUAAAUGUGGUCAGCCAGUGAGAGUAAGUCCUAGCGAAUUCCCUGACUCGAGCGGUUUACUGUUGAAUUCGACUGCAGUGGCUAGUUGGCAGAUUGUUUGCAAUAUUACACAUGUAAAGAAGGACAUCCCAAAGUGCUGUGUUUCGUUUUCGUCGUACUACAAUGAAUCUGUCAUCCCGUGCAGAACGUGUGCUUGUGGAUGUUCGGUUAACUCUGCUCGUACAUGUAAUGCUACCUCCCCUGCAAUGCUACUCCCAGCUGAAGCUCUUCUUGUUCCUUUUGAGAAUAGGACUGCUAUGGCUGUUGCUUGGGCUGGUCUUAAACAUUUCCCGGUUCCGAACCCGAUGCCUUGUUCGGAUAACUGCGGUGUUAGUAUCAACUGGCAUUUGUAUACCGAUUAUAGAGACGGAUGGAGUGCGAGGAUCACUCUCUUCAACUGGGGCGAAGUGAACUUUGCAGAUUGGUUUGCUGCAGUUCAGAUGAACAAAGCAGCACCUGGCUUCCAAGCAAUGUACUCGUUCAACGCAACGACCUUGGAAUUGGAUGGUUCGAACAGUACUAUCUUUAUGCAGGGUCAUCCCGGACUAAACUAUCUCGUCGGAGAAACAGAUGGAGUGAACCCAGCUAAGGAUCCGCGCGUACCUGGAAAACAGCAAUCUGUAAUCUCAUUCACAAAGAACAUACAAGGUCUUAACAUGGCUGCCGGAGAUGGGUUCCCCACCAAGGUGUUCUUCAAUGGGGAGGAAUGCUCACUUCCUAAAAUACUCCCCGCCAACAACAGCCGAAGAAACUUAGCUCGGUUCAUUCCGAGCCUCCUAAUGCUAGGAUUCGUGUUCUUGUUCAUACAGCAAUAGCCAGACGGGGAUCGAUCACAUCGUGUUGUAGCUGCUGUUCAUUUUUUCAUUCAUUUUUUCAACAUCGUGUUGUAGCGUUUGUUAUAUUAUCAGUAAGGUUUGUGUUCUUUGUUGAGGUAAAUAUUGGAUAGAGUCUAUAUUUGUGCACAAAUCUCAUUGCUUUCUUAUUAUGCAGCAAGUUUUCAACA